UAGUCUGUUUAGUGUGUAUCUAAGAAAACGAGGCAGUUAGAAAAUAAAAUCCCUAAAUACAUCACACAAAAAUUAAAAAUGUAUUUAUUAAUUUAAAAAUUAAUAAGCAUUUUUGAUAAAUUAAAACGCAAUUUUCUUUAAAUAUUAAUUAAAAUUCUUUAACGUUUUAAAAAAUCAUAAAAUUUAGUAACCUAACCUACAAAACAAACAUAACCUUUAAAAAAAUCGAACAUUAUGGAAACUCAUCAAUUAAAAACGUUCAGAGACUUUCUACAACUUUAUAAUGUUAUGUCCGACUUAUGCUUCUCGAAUUGUAUAACGACACUUAAUUCAAGAGAAUUAAACCCCGAAGAAGAAUUAUGCGUUGAUCGUUGCGCCUCUAAAUACAUAAACUGCAACAACCGCUUGAUUAAAGUUUACUCAGGAAUGCAGGAGAAGAUUGUUGAAAGGCGUAUGAAGGAACUUCAAGAAAUGGAACAAAAAGCUUUGGAACAACAGAAAAUGUUGGAGGAACAGCAAAGUGUAAAUGAGCAAAAAGUUGAAAUAGAAGAAAAAGGGUCAUAGCUGUUUAAAAUUUAUUAAUUAGUUGGUGUUAAAUUAUUUGUAAAUAAACAAAUGAAUCAAAUUACAAUUUUAAUACUAUUUACCAUGCCUUUGAAAUUGGUCAAGAUCAAUUCAAAUCUACCAGAUUUCAUACGAUGUUGGUGUUUGUAUUAAUUGGGGCGACCAAGAUUACUUUCUCCAUCAGUUUGAAUCCAGAUAAACUCAGCUGUACAACAUUCCAGAUAAACUCAGCUUUAAGUCAGCUGUACAACAUGGUGUACUGAAUCGCGAAAAAUCUACCAUAUUCCCACGCUUCAGCAGCGUAGAUAUUGUAGUGAUGUUUGCUUCCUCUUCAGGUUGUUCAAUGGUUAUUGCGACUACCAUAUUCCCACGCUUUAGCAGCGUAGAUAUUGUAGUGAUGUUCGUUUCCUGUUCAGAUUAGUCAAUGGUCAUUGCUACUACUCAGCUUUAAGUCAGCUGUGGUUAGUUUUGACAUAAUCUGUACAACAUGGUUUACUAUAUCGCGUUUGCCUGCCAAAUCUACCAUAUUCCCACGCUUCAGCAGCGUAGAUAUUGUAGUGAUGUUCGCUUCCUCUUCAGGUUAUGAUAUGAUUUUUUAUUUUACACACCAACAGCUCGAACUAGUUCUUAUCGCCUUAGGUUAGACAUACUUGUCCUUACGCCAAACCAUUUUAGACGUGUUAUUCGAUGCGCCAUGCUCAGUUUUGUACCCAGAUAGAAUUAAUUUUGUUUUUAUACAUACUCGUGUCGCUACUCCCAUGUAUAAAUAAAUAAAUAAUCUACAUUACAAAACGUACCAACCUCAAUGAAAAUGAAACGGCUGAUGAGCUAGCAGCAACAAACUGCUAAAAUAUUAAUAUUUUCGCCAUAAUCACGUAGAUCUGACUUCUUCGGCAAAAUACUUCCAAUUCUCAAAUCUAGUCAAUUCCCAAAUUCUUGAUAGUCAAAAAUAUUAUUAUUAUUAGGAGUAGAGUUUCCUUAUUUAUAAGUAGUCGACAUUUUUGAGUGUUUCACACACUCUUUGGAUCAAAAUUGAAUAGCAGAAGUGUUUUUAAGAAAAACAAUGUAUUUGUAUGUUCGUCACUGUUACGCCGUAGCUCUAAUUAUAGUUCUGGUGAAAAUGUAUUCAUCGUCGUUCGUCAUGUUUAUAAAUAGGUUUGUUAAUCUUCA